AUGGGCCGGUGCGACUGGGACGGCCUGGCGCGUGCGGGACUCAUCGAGCGGCUGCAGGGCGCCUUCGCCGCCCACCUGGAGGACCUGCUGCAGGCCGGGCGCGCCGCGUCGCGCCGGCAGGGGCGGCUGGUGCGGGCCCGCGUGAUCGUGGACUGCAGCGGCCUGGGCAGGGACGCGCUCAGGCACCGGGCGGAGUCGAAGAAGUUCCUGAGCCUCGGCAAGCGCUACUUCCCCGAGGUCACCGCCUCCAUCACCGUCGUGCGGGCCCCGCGCGUGUUCACGCUCUGCUUCGGCUUCGUGCGGCCGAUGCUCACAGAAGCCAUGCGGCGCAAGAUCUGCAUAUUCGGCGAGGAUUUCGAGGAGGGCCUGCGGGCCCACUCGGGGCUCCCGCUCGCGGCGCUGCCCGCCUUUCUCGGCGGCAAAGCCGACGACGGCGAGGUCUGCAGCGCCGAGCCGGUGCCCCCCUGA